AUGUGGCUCGACAAUGUCUGUAUCGUGGACCCACAACAUGCAACAAACAUUGGACUGCCCGUUGCGGACAAGCUGUCACAAUCAUGGCAAGAGAUACUGGAAAUACAUGGUGGCAACAGAGGCGAUGAGUCGUUGUUAUGUUUUGAGAUUUCUGGCAACAUUGGUUUAAAAUGUCGCGAGCCUGUCGAGCAGACUUCCUCUUCCCGAAUCUCCAAUGGUCAGAUCGCAUCCGUGCCGAAUGAGCACGGUCAAGCUAUUGCAGUUCAGAUUCUAACAGCACCCACAGUCGGCGAAUCUCGACUGCCAUUUGAGCUCUAUGAGCGAAUCAUCGGAUAUGUCGCUGGUCUGACGGAAAGAGAGGCCCGUCAAACGCUGUUUUCCUGCGCUUUAACCCGUAGGGCGUUCGUUCCGAUGGCUCAACUGGUUCUUCUAGAGAGUAUCCGCCUGAAGGAUCGCAGAGAGGUAGCCCGUCUGCUACGCAGCAUCAAGGCACGGCCGUCGCUCGGCAGGCUUGUCAAGGAAGUCGUCAUACACGAGCCAUGGGGCGAGGGUAAUGCCCCGCAUAUAUUGCAGUUCGCGGCAACGUUCGCGAAGUGGUUUACCAAGUUGCGAUAGCUGCACCACGCGCACCUCUCCUACCUCUCGGCCCCGUUAGAUU